UUACCAUCAACAGCAGCAGCACAACUAGCAGCAGCAGUCUAACCGAGAACUUGUUCAAGAGAAUCCCCCUCACUUUGUAUCUGAGAAUAGACGAUAAUUCUAACCAAUAUUUAGGGGUGCGAGUAAAUAUUGCACUUCAUUCAUAUCCGAACAUCUUACGAUUGAAAUAAGUGCAAUUACAAACGGAGAUAAGAAAACUGAAGUUGAAAUAUUUAAAAAUAUUGUCAAAUUUAAAGCUUGGAAAAAGGCCGACUACUACAAUUGCGACGCUACCUACCACACCAUUAACAGUAGUUAAUACCCAACAUUCAGUAUUCGAGAUUUUUCGGUAUUGUCCGUGAUGAACUCACUCAUGUGUACUAUGUGACAGUCGACCAAUAAUAAUCGAGUGCGAUCGUCACAUGGUAAAACGAAUAUAUGAAUAAUUUUUCUCCGUAACACGAGAUCGAACUCGGAAGUUUCCGUUGUUUUCUGACAAGCUGAAACUUUCAACAGCGGCCAUCUUGCGUAAAAUUUUCAGUUGUCGGAACAAUUUGGAAUUUUCGCAGAAUUCAAAUAGUAAAUUCUACGACCUUGUCCUACUGGUUGUCAUUGGAUAGUUAAUAUCUCUAUUCAGACUCUAUAUCGGAUUUAGAAAUAGAUUAUAUGAAAUCAUUGUGAGUUUAGAACAUGAAUUGUAUAUUAACGGCUUUGUGCCCGAAGAUUUAUAUCGAGCACCAUGAAGGGAUUGGAUUUUAGUCCCUUGAAAUAAUGAUCACCAUCACUGGAGCCAUGGCUGUGGACGGUUUUGCAGCCUCUAAACCGCCAUUGCAGUUAAAGGAUUAUUACAUGGAACGAAAAGCUUGAGGUCGUUGCAAAACUGGAAGUGCAAUAGUUUAUAUUAUAUAUAGGGGAGUAUAAAAUGGCCGACCCCCAGGUUGUAGAAGGCCCUCCAGCCAAGAGACCAAAGCUUGCGUCACCUGCUUUACCAAGUGACAGUGGAGAUGCAUUUAUGACUGAAUUCGAUUUAAACGAAGCGCUACCAGAUGAGUUAAUGUCUACAAAUAACUCGGCAAGUGAUGGGUCCCACAAUGGAACAAAUGAUUCUCAGGUUCCAUCCGGUCAAGAUACCAGUUCGCAAAGGCACCCACACCAACAGUUAUCUCAUCUUCUACAGCCUACUUCUGUUUCAACACACUCUGGAAAUAACAUUUCUAGUCCUCAAAACCCUCAGAAUCAAGGGGGUACUGGACCACCUAGUAGAAACCAGAUGAUUGCUAACAUCAAUUCUAGUCCGAGUAUAAACAACACUGUAAAAAGUCCAUUAUCUGGCAAUUUGUCUUCACCACCCCACUUAAGCAAAGCAGGAGCAGCUUCAAUCCAUAGCACCGAUUUACCAUUGACCAGCAGUAGCUCAUCUUUUUCAUCAAGUAAUAAUGUUAUAAGCAAUCUUAUUAUUGAAAAUGUUGGCAACACCCACUUAGGACCUCCAGGAGUUGGUAUGAAGCCGGUAACUCCACAAAGUGCUUCUACUCAAAGUACUGUCAGUAAUUCUCAGAGCCCACACCAUAGUCAGCUUCUAAACGGACCACAUUACUCACCUAUGACGGCAGCAGGGCCAGCACGGAAUUCUACAUCCAAUUUAGCUGCUGGAGGCCUGGCCAUCUCUCAGAACAAUGUUAUCAGCACGAAUACAUUGAGUACACAUAUACCGUUGUCAUCUCAUUCUGUUGGACACCCAGCAUUAACUGCUGCAGGUCAGACGCCAAUGAUAAAGCUCUAUUCCCAGUCUCUUCAAAUUUCUUCUCAGCUAAGCGGAUUGCUUACUGAAUCUCAGACCAUACCAAUUCAGCAAACAGCUGUUCAAGCACAGUCUCAGAGUCAUCAACCAAUUGCUGCACCACAAACUCUUCCAACUCUUCCUUCAACAAGCCAACAGCAAGCAGUCACACUGCCACAACAACACCAGCAGCAAGUCCAGUUACAACAAUCCAUGCCUCUACAAUCACAACAGCAAGCUAUGCAACCACAGCAACCUCCAUCACAACAGCAACAACAGCAACAAACAGUGCAACAACCACCACAAGUUUCUCAACAAUCUCAACAGCUGAACUCCUUACAGUCUCAAUCUCAACAACAGUCCCAACCACAAAAGCCACCUACACCACAAGCCCAGCCACAGCAACAACACACUCCUAAACAACAACCUUUAUCACAACCUUCAACACCACAGUCAAAUACACCUCAAAAAGUCUUGCCUCCUGUUCAGCAAGGAGGUACUGGACAAAAAGCUCUUACUCCACAAAUGCCUCAACCUUUAACACCGAAGCAGCAGCAGGUUCAACAAUCAAACCAGUCCAUGCCUGAAGUUAUGUCAAAAGGAAAACAAUUACCUGAUUCUGUUGACCAUCCCUUACCAGAGUUAAAAGUGAAACAAGAAUCAGGAUUGUGCUUGUCUGAAGCCUUGUCAACAGUAACUACAACUACAAUUACAACUACAAGUGUAUCUUCAGUGAUGACAGCUACUACAACAGCAACUAAUACAACUGUUACUCCUGCUGAAAUUAAGACUGAAAUCAAACCCCCCAUUAAAUAUGAAUUCAUGAAAGAAGAGUUUAUUAAAGAUGAGGAAAUAAUCAAAUCAGAGUAUCCAAAGCAAGAUAUUAAACUAGAACUAUCAGAUAUGAAAUCUGAACUUAGAGCUGACAUAAAAGAUGAGCCAUUGACUUUACCUCAGGUAAAAGAAGAGCCUAUUGAAACCACAAAUCAGCAGCAGAGUCCUGAGUCUACGACUAGUGGAAAUCCUGAAAAUAUAAAUGGUGGAGACACAAAAGCUAAUGCCCUUGGAGGUCCAUUAGCACCAACCACUCCAGGAUCUUCAACUCCUCCUAAAUCCAAAAAAGUUUUCAAACCAGAUGAACUGAGGCAGGCAUUAAUGCCAACAUUAGAGAAACUUUAUCGACAAGAUCCAGAAUCUUUACCCUUCAGACAGCCUGUUGAUCCCAGUCUUUUGCAGAUUCCAGAUUAUUUUAUGAUAAUUAAGAAGCCCAUGGACCUCUCCACUAUAAAAAGAAAGCUUGAUACAGGACAGUACCAAGACCCAUGGCAGUAUGUUGAAGAUGUUUGGCUCAUGUUUGAUAAUGCAUGGCUGUAUAAUAGAAAAACAUCAAGAGUUUAUAAAUACUGCUCAAAGUUAGCUGAAGUUUUUGAGGGUGAGAUUGAUCAGGUGAUGCAAUCCCUUGGCUAUUGUUGUGGCCGGAAAUUUGUUUUUAGUCCACAAGUGCUUUGUUGUUAUGGAAAACAAUUGUGUACCAUUCCAAGGGAUGCUGUGUAUUAUAGCUAUCAAAAUAGAUAUGUAUAUUGUGAAAAAUGCUUUCAAGAAAUCCAAGGAGAGGAAGUGGAAUUAGCAGAUGAUCCAUCCCAGCCUGUUACGAAUCUCACAGAGCUCUUAGGAUCGUGUACUUUCAAGUCACGGACAGUCACUACAAGGCGGAUACAAAAGGAUGCAUUCUCUAAAAUGAAGAAUGAUCAGUUGGAUUUGGAACCGUUUGUUGAAUGUUUAGAAUGUGGACGGAAACUUCAUCAAAUCUGUGCUUUAUAUUUUGAACCCCUAUGGCCAAAUGGGUUUUAUUGUGAUAACUGUUGUAAGACAAAAGGUAAACAGGGUAAAAAGGAAGGCAAAUAUACUUGCAAACGUCUCCCGAAUACAAAACUUGGAAUAUAUCUAGAGAAUCGUGUAAAUAAUUUCCUUAAAAAUAAAGAUGCUGGUGCUGGAGAAGUUACUAUCAGAGUUUUGUCAAGUUCUGAUAAAACAGUUGAGGUGAAACAAGGAAUGAAAAGCAGAUUUGGAGAUGAAAUGCCAGAUAGUUUUCCAUACAGAGCAAAAGCAAUGUUUGCUUUUGAAGAAAUAGAUAAUGUAGAUGUGUGUUUUUUUGGGAUGCAUGUACAAGAAUAUGGCUCAGAUUGUAAUCAGCCAAACACAAGACGUGUGUAUAUAUCAUAUUUGGAUAGCGUUCACUUUUUCCAACCAAGAUCUCUCAGGACGGCUGUUUAUCAUGAAAUUCUAAUUGCUUAUUUGGAAUAUGUUAGGCGAUUAGGAUACACAAUGGCUCACAUUUGGGCUUGUCCCCCUAGUGAAGGAGAUGAUUACAUUUUUCACUGCCAUCCUCCGGAACAAAAGAUCCCUAAACCAAAACGGCUUCAAGAGUGGUAUAAAAAGAUGUUGGAUAAGGCUAUAAUAGAGCGUGUUGUGAUUGAUUAUAAGGACAUUUUAAAAGAUGCAGUAGAAAACAACCUUACAAGUGCAACUGAGAUGCCAUAUUUUGAAGGAGAUUUUUGGCCUAAUGUUCUGGAGGAGAGCAUCAAAGAGCUGGACCAAGAAGAAGAAGAAAAACGUAAAAGAGAGGAAGCUGAAGCUGCUGCAGCUGAAGAAGCUGCUGAACAGGGUGAUGGAGAAGAAGCCGGCCAAGUAUGUUCAUCAUCGUUUCAGAAUGGCCAGGGCAAAAAGAAGGGCCAGAAAAGUGGUCGCAAUAAAAAAGCCAAUAAAAAUAAAAGCAACCAACGGAAAAAUAAUAAGAAAACAAAUCUUCCUCAUGGUGGAAAUGAUCUCUCAGCAAAGUUAUAUUCCACUAUGGAAAAACACAAAGAAGUCUUUUUUGUCAUCCGUCUUCACUCAGUGCAGUCAGCAGGGAGCUUACCCCAUAUUGAAGACCCAGAUCCCUUAAUUUCUUGUGAUUUAAUGGAUGGUCGGGAUGCAUUUCUCACUAUUGCUAGGGAAAAACAUUAUGAAUUUUCUUCUUUACGAAGAGCCAAAUAUUCAUCAAUGGCUUUACUUUAUGAACUGCAUAAUCAGGGAAGAGACAGCUUUGCCUAUAAUUGUAAUCACUGCAAGUCUCUUGUUGAAACACGGUACCAUUGUUCACAGUGUGAUGAUUUUGAUCUUUGUGUUCCUUGUUAUGAAAAAGAAGGUCAUCCUCAUAAAAUGGAUAAACUUGGAUUUGACCUUGAUGAUGGAGCUACUUCAGCAGAAAAGCAAGAAAAUCCUCAGGAAUGUCGACGGCAGUCUGUUCAAAGAUGUAUUCAGUCUAUUAUUCAUGCAUAUCAGUGUAGAGAUGCUAAUUGUAGACUGGCAAAUUGUCAGAGAAUGAAACGUGUUGUAGCACACACAAAAAUAUGUAAACGGAAAACUACUGGUGGUUGUCCCAUUUGCAAACAGUUGCUAGCACUUUGCUGCUACCAUGCAAAACAUUGUACAGAAAAUAAAUGCCCGGCUCCAUUCUGUUUCCAAAUUAAACAUAAAUUAACGCAGCAGCAAUUACAACAAAGACUGCAACAAGCACGAAUGAUUAGGCGGCGCAUGGAAACUAUGUCUCAACGGAACUCUAAUAAUAGUAAUGUUCAGCCUAUGCCUCAGCAGCCACAAAUACCUCCUUUUGGGGGGAAACCUCAGGGGCCACCCCCAGGUGCUAUGCAAGCUGCUCGUCAGGCUCAAGAAGCUGCACAGCGACAAGCUGUUUCUUUAGGUAAGCCAUCAGGACCUAUUAAUAAUUUACCACCACAGGCGAAAAUGCAGGCUAUGCAACCAAAACCAAUGAACCCCAUGCCACAAUCUGUACAGGGUGCCAUGGUGCAACCAUGGCAAAAUUAUUCAAGUCAACAAGGUCCUCCACCACAACCACCACCACAACCACGUCAAAUGCCACCUCAGAGAAUGCCAAUGCAACAGCCACAACAACUUGGUGCUCCUAUAAACCCUGGUAUGAAUCAAAUUCAAUCAAAAGCUUCUAUGCAGCAGUUAAUGCAAGUAUUGAAAACCCCGCAAUCACCACAACAACAAACUCAGAUUUUAAAUAUUUUAAAAUCAAAUCCAAGUUUAAUGGCAAUUUUUCUUAAAAAUAAAGAUCAACAACAGCAGCAACAGCAACAACAGCAACAACAACAGCAACAGCAGCAGCAGCAACAGCAGCAGCAACAGCAACAGCAGAUGCCUAAUAUGCAAAGUCUCCAACAACCAGGAGGGCAACAACUUCCAUCACAGCAGCAACAAUUAUGGUAUUCUAAAAUGAGUCCAGUUAUACCUAGACAACAACAGAUUACUCCAUUUCAACAGCCACAACCACAGCCCCAAUUUACACAACGAACAAGAAUGAAUUUUCCUCAGCAAGGAGUUCAAGGAGAUGGUUCCCAGCAUAUGGCUCAGUUCCAACAGCAACAAAUGAUGCAACAGGUUCAACAGCAUCAACAACAAAUAAAACAGCAUCUCUCUGGUGGACAACCUGUUAGUCCACAACAGAUGCUUGCUCAUCAGACUGCUCCUUCUCCACAACAAAUUAUGCAACAAGUUCGUUCACCUCCAACUUCCACAUUACCACAAACUGUCCGUUCACCACAACCUACUCAAUCUCCACGGCAGCAACCCAUUCCUUCACCUAGACAGUCUCAACAAUCACAUCAUAUACCUCCUACUACUCAUUCACCACAUUCGGUUGUGGCUGGACAAGCCACUACACCAGAUCCUAAUCAAAUUCAUUCAGAUCAGGUCAUGCUUCCACAAUUACAAACUCAUGGUAAUGUUUCACAGUUAAAAAGCCCUAGUUCUUCAGAUUUAUCACAUGGACAAGACUCUGAAGUUGCUUCAAUAAAUCCAGACUCUUUAAAAUUGGUUGAAAAGGUGUAGUGAAGACUGAAAACAAAGUAAAGGGGGCAAACCAAGUGAUCUGUAUAAAACCCAUUAUAGAGAAUGGUCAUUGACGUUAUAUUUUGUCUGUUUUUUCCAGAACAAAAGUGAAAAUUUUUCAGAGGAAGAGAUGUUUAUUUUAUACAUAAAAAUUGUAGGUAGCAAUUGAAUUAACUUCUAUCACAUUACCAAUGGACAAGAAUUUAUCUAAUUAUAAACUGUACACAAUAAUUUGUAUAGGUAGUUCAUGGAAAGUCUGUCAUCCUUUGCAUUGCAAAUGUGCCUAGUUCUUCCUCUGGUAGAUAGUUGAACCAAUAUCCUUUGUUUAGGUGUUACUGUUUUAGGAUUCAACAUUCAUUUCAAGAAAAGGUUAAUCAAAUCAGUGUGCAUAAACCUAAUGACCUAUAUUGUUAUUUCCACAGAACAUUUUUAUUCGAAUUCAAUUCACAGAAUGAAUUGUUGUAUGGACACACAUUUUUAACUUAAUGAUAUACUAAUAUCUUUAUAAAUGUGUGCACCUUUCCUAUUUCAAAGGCUUAUGUUCAAGUGAGUUCUAUGUGAGAUAGGUGUGAACUGACGACAGAACAAGAUUGCUUGAUGCCCUGUUUCUAAGUUGAUUCACUGUGCUUCAACAUUAUUGUUGCAGUUAACAUAUCAAUGAAAAGCUACCUUUUGAGAAGUGAUCACCAUUGCUCAUUUGUAAAAUAGAUAUGCUCAUUAAACCCACCUCAAUUUUAAAAUAUUAGAAAAGGCAUAAGACUAAUCAUUAUCCUUUGUGCUGGUAAAAUUUCUAUCAGUUUGAACAAUUAUUGAAUCCAUUUUUAAUUGCAUUUAUGUGUUAUUUUACAGACUUACAUAAUUGUCCAUACUAGACAAAUAACAUACAUUACCAAAACCGAAAAAAAAAACCUGAAAAUUAAAAAAAGAAAAUUAUAUUAAUUUUUUUUCCUUCCCCUUAGAAAGCUCACAUUGUAGUCAAGUCCAGUCAAAUACAGACUUGAUAAGCUUGACUGCUGCACUUUUAUCCAUUCUAGAGGAUUAAGCUAUCAUGGCAUAGCUGCCAUGCUUUCUGUAACAGCAAUUUUGUUGAAGUCUUUAUAAAUUAAAUAACUGAUACUGUUAUUGUUCAUGUAGAUGUGUCCUUGAAUGUUUUGUGCUGUUUUGCCAGAAAGUAUUAGAAAAGCAAGUUUUUCUUGCAUUCUAAACUCUGAAAAUUUAUUGAAUCUUAUUUCAGAGUCCUCAUUCAAAACUCUAUUUGUAAGAUAAUUGUUGAUAACUUUUAAAAUACGCUCCUGUUGUACUAUAGACAUUUCACACAAAAAAAAAAAAAAAAUGGCUUUCGGAAAACAGUUUGAUAAAAUAUUUGCAAAUCACAAUUGUGUUUGUAUAACUAUGUGCACUAUGAUUUCAUUUAUAUGAAACCUAAGCAUCAUGCAAUUUGAAGUGAGCAUUUAUUUUAGUAUGUGAAAAAAAAAAUGGGAAAAGAAAAAGAAAAUUCUGUGGACACUGCCAAACGAAUUCCAUGAAGCAAGAAUUAGUGUCUUUUCAAUGAGGGUAAGAUUCCAUUUUAAAGAUUAAGAGUUAUUGAUUUUAUAAGAUUAUGGAAGAAUUAUUCAAGUGUAAAAUAUUCGCGCACACAUACACAUACAGAAGAGGAAAAGCUGAUUUGAUAAAAAAAAAAUUGCUUUACUAUUAAAGAAGGAAGUCAGAUUAAACUAUUUGUUGAUAAAUAGUUUGAAAUGUCAUUCUGAUUGUCAACAAUCCUUAUUUAUUGUCCCAUAUUUAUUUUAAGUAUUUGUACCAGCUUAAUAAGCAUUAGUCUUUGGAAUUUUUCAGUGAUUUUCUUUAUCAGCUUUUAGCAAUUUUUAAUUCUUUUAUUUUGUCCAGAUCUACUCUGUAAUAAUAAUUUUUAUGUAACCACACUAUAUGCAAGGUAUUUAAGAUAUAAGUGCUAAAAACCUAACUGAAGAACCUCUAUGAGUGGGAGCUGGAGAGAGAGAGAGAGAGAGAGAAAGAAAAAUUGUGAAUGUGUCUGAUAUCUAAGAGGCUUUGUGGUUUAUUAAAUGUUGCACUCUUUCAAAUAUCUAGUUGUGUGUGUGUAUGUGUGUGUGUGUAUAUAUAUAUAUGUGUGUGUGUAUAUAUAUAUAUAUAUAUAUAUAUAUAUAUAUAUAUGUAUAUAUAUAUAAAUAAUCUUUUAAUUAAAAUUUAUUAGAAUACUUUAUUCAGAUUUCUCUUUUUAAAUAAUUCUGCUCUUAGCACAGGCAUCUAUUUGUAACUGAAUAUUUCUAACUAACCUUAAAUUACAAAUUUUUAAACAUCUAUUUUAGGAAAUUGUUAUCUAAAACAUUUAUUUACUUGAAUUUUUAUGUUGCUUGACAGUUUUUUCUAGAAAUUUUUAAUAGCCCAAAUCUGGAUUAUAAAUUGUUAAGCAUAGGAUAAGAAAUUUUUAUAUUCUGGACUCAAUUCAGUCAUAAUUUUAAGAAUACAGUGUUGUCUUCAAGAAAAGUAUGUUAAUGUUGAUGAAAUUGUCUUAAUUGAAAUCCAGUUUUUGGUAUUUUUUUUUCUCUUUUUCUCUUUUUUUUUAAAUUUAAAAUUUUUUUUCUUUCCUCAUUGAAAUAUAAAUCAUUUAUUUGGAUGUCGCAAGCCAGCAAAGGAAGUUAAUGCAUUAACUCUGCAAAUCUGUUUCAAGUUGGCAUUGUGUUAAUAUCAUGUUGCAACUUUUAAUGGACCUGUCUCCCGAAAAUUGCAUUUUCUCCCUAUUUUAACAAACUACUUUUUGCACACACACACACACAAACACACACACACACACACAUUCAUUCUUGUGUGUUUAUGUCGAUUGAGUUCACUGCACUAUACAGAGAAUUGCUUGGAUCAUUCAAUAUGUUUUUUGAAGAUUUGUUGCAAAAUGCAUUGAUGAAAGACAACUAUAUAACUAUUCAGUACAGAUGAUGCCAUAGCUAGAGAAAUAUUUUCAUUCAAUUUUUCUUGUCAUGCUGUUGCUUCUGUUGAAUUCAAAAUUUGGCAAACAUCCUAGCAAUCUCACUAUUUAAUAUAUCAAAAAAAUAUAUUUUUAAAAAAAAAAUCCUAAAAAAUUAAUAAAAUGUAUUUAAAAUACUUAUCAAAUAGUAUUUAUUGCUAAUUAGAUAACACUUCCACUUAGUUGGUGAUGGUUGAAUGGAAAAAAAAUUUAAUAUUUUCAUUUCAAUGAAAAUUAAAUUUGAAAUUUUUGGAUUUAUUUAUUCAAUUUUAUGUAUACACAAUGUAUACAUGUACAUGUAGGUGGGUUCUAUUUCCCACUUGCAUUCAAAAGAUAUUUACACCUACCCAUUCCCCCAAAAUAUGUCCUAUAUUCUAGUAAGUGGUAUGUCAAAAAUUCAGUAACUUGGGGCGGAUUAUUGAUAUGUGCAUUUGAGCUGUUAUGGAAAGGGUCCUCUGAAUAAAUGUGAGAUAGGGUGCUGGCUGAACCAUUGAAGACAACUUAAGUGCCAUUCUCAUUUGCUGAAAUGGAAACAAAACAUGAAUGACUGAAGGAAUGUUUUAUUUUUACCAAUCUUGCUGCAUUGGUCACCAUUCCCUUAUUGAAUAAAUUAUUAAAAUAUGUUAAA